UACUUAGCUCAUUCAAAAUGCCAAUCAAUAACUACCUCCCUUGCACUUUUUGUACACCCUUUAGUUGUGCGGUCCGUAUUUGCUUCGGAAAGCAAUAAGUGACACCUCGUUCACUCGUCGCCUCAGAGUUUAGUGUAACACCGCGUAGUCGACUGGCACGGGCGGUUUUAUCGGCCGAGGUAUGCAGGAUACCCGAAUAUCGUGUGAUCCUCGGAGCUCGUUCGGUGCCUACGCUUCUUGCCCGCUCUAACCGCUUGCCAUGUUCCUCAUUCUUGUCUUAUUAGUGUAUUUUAUAGAUAUUCGGGUUACGAUGGACCUCGGUGGAGUGUUAUGUGGACGGUAACAUCACAUCUGUGCUAAUGCCACUCAGAAAUGGUGGUCAAAAUGGCAGGCAUGGAUGAUCACGAUAGGAAAAUAGUUAUAGAAUUCUGUCACUUGCUGGAGAAGUCUAAACAGUUAUUCAAUGGACUAAGGGACUUGCCGCAGUACGGACACAAACAGUGGCAAGCCUACUUUGGACGAACCUUCGACAUUUACACAAAGCUGUGGAAAUUUCAACAGCAACAUAGGCAAGUUCUCGAUACAAAAUAUGGGCUCAAAAGAUGGCAGAUAGGAGAAAUAGCUUCAAAAAUAGGCCAACUCUAUUACCACUACUAUUUAAGAACAAGCGAAACAAAUUAUCUGAAUGAAGCGUACUCAUUUUAUGCAGCAAUCCGAGGUCGAGCAUACUACUCAAGAGCAGCUAAAGAAGAUAGAUCUGAUUUGAUGGUGAAAAAACUACGAUAUUACGCAAGAUUUAUUGUGGUUUGUUUGUUGCUCAAGAAGAUGAAAUUAGUGCGAGAUCUCGUUAUGGAAUUAGACAAACAGAUAGUGGACUACACGAGCACGUAUGAGCCAGAUGACCAACUCGAGUGGUCACUUGUCCUAGAAGAAAUCAAGAGCUUCAUCAAAGCUGAUGGAAUCGUCAGUGUACUUCAUGCAGAUUCAAACACAAUAGUGCUUUCUCACAGGUUAAGUCCACUGACAACGCCUCCUGUGGAGAAGUCAACAAUGAUGAACUUGUCGUUGCAAGAAAUACUUAUCGUUGGAAAUUGCAAUGAUCAAGUCAAGUUCAGUGAACUCACAAUGGACAUGUUCAGGAUGCUGCAGACAUUAGAGAGAGAACCACAAGAUGAGUUCAACCAUAUUUACGACGCUUCCCCUGCCCCAGGACGAGUGCCUUUUGAAAAAAGCUAUUCAGUAACUAGUACGAAAGGAGGAGUAGGAUACCCAGUAGUAACAGGGUGUCAAGAAAACGGUGAUCGACCAUUGAAGAGAGAAAAUCCUCACAAGUAUUUGCUGUACAAGCCUUCGUUCAGCCAAGUGAUGGUCUUCCUAGCCUCGGGAUUCAAGGAGCUCCCAGCGAAUGGAGCUCUGUUGCUGUACAUCUCAGCUGACGGAUGUUUUUCGUCUACAAAACAUCCAGAAGACACGGGAUAUGAUCUCGGAGGUGUUAUUACAAGCAGCAAACGUGAAAGUGACCAUAUGAAUAAAAAAGGAAUGCACCUGAAGGAAAUGCAUUGCCUUUACCCUGGGGACCUUCACCCGUUCACCAGGAAACCGUUCUUUAUAAUCGUCGACUCUGACAAUAGCUUCGUAUUCCAGCACAUACCAAGGUACUUCGGCCAGCCAAUGGUAGUACUCAUGUCUCCUCAGGAUAUUCCACCAAGCUUUCAAGAUCAUCAGCACAAUGGAAGUCUGUUCACCCUGUUUCUACAUAGUCCACUGACAGCGUUCUGCUUCAUCUGCAAUAUUCUCAAUGUCCCCAUACACCACUGGGAGCGCUGUCAGUCAUUCAUCGACAGAUUUGUGACAGAAGCAAGUAGACUGUUUGGCCGCAGUAGAAUAGAUCCAGCAUAUCUUCAGUUUUUUGGAGAUGACUUUCUGCGGCUACUUCUCCUGAGAUAUGUUUUCUGUGAUGUAGUUCUACAUCUACAUAGAUCAUUUAAAGGUCGUCAGCUGAGGCCUCGUUGCCAGCCACCACUUCCAGAUGCCGAUCUGCUCGAGCAUCCGUCGCUACAACACCUGGUCCUGGACCUGGCUGCCCACCUCGAGGUCAGAUCACACUUCAUCGAUGGCAAUGAAAUGGACUGAUCGCCGGCAGUCUCACCUCUCCCUUCCUGCGUCGACAGUAUCUCAGAGCUUCGCCAGAUGUAUAGUCCUUUCAUUGUUUCCUCUUCCUUUCCAUCCAGUACUUGGCUAGUUGAUAUUAGGCUUUACUGUGUAUUUUUUAAUUUUAUAUCAACGGUAUGGAUCAGCCUUAACACUUUCAGUAUCCUUAGAGUUGUAGCAGCGAUUGUGAUGAAACCUCAACUUGUUCAAAUCGACUCAAAACAGAAGUUAUCUGCAGUGACUCGUGGUAAUAUACAAAGUGACUGGAGUGAACAGAGUGCCAUUUUAAUAUACACAAUGUUUCCAUUUGAAGCUAAUUUUGUCGGAUCCUAAAUUAAUUUAGAAUUAAAGGAUAUUUUUAUUCAUAAAUAAAUUUUACUUUGUUGAUUUUAUAACUGACAGUCAUAAUGUAAUACAGUAAAUCUCAAAUAAAACUGUUGUAAACUUUUAACUGUCUGUUCUUAUCAAAACAUAGUGAUUAAAGUGAACAAUAAGUAGAAUGCUGCAAGUUUAUGCUAAAAAUAUCAUUCAAAUUAUAAUUCUAAUUUAAGACAACCUCACAGUAAUGUUUACACACACACAUUUAAUCAAACAAAAACUAAAUAUUAUCAUUACGUAAAAACCGAUGCUACUAAAAAAAUGUUAAAUGGGUCUGCAAUAACCAACAUUUGAAAAGUAAUAUCGUUUUUUGUCAUAUCAAUAGAAGCUUAGUUCUUAUGCAAUUUUAAAUUGCAUUUUUAUAAUUAUCACAAUUUUUAUGAAUGACAACAAGUUUUUAUAAAUACACUUUACAUCUAUUAAUGUUUAUUCUAAAUAUUUGUAAUUUUUAUUUCAACUAUUAGGUUUUGCUACUACUAAAUAAGUUGUUUGUCCCUUUUAUGAGUCAAAUUUAAAUUCUCAACAUUGAGGUUACGCAUUAUGCAUCAAACCUCACCUGUUCAUGUAAUUCAAAAACAAAUAAAUUUAAAGUUCUAAUUUCAAUCCAACAAAAUAUUAUGCUCAAUUUUUAAAUUCUUUUGCACAUUCUGUGAUCUUCAGCUCUUUAAUUGACACACUGUUCAUAGGGAAAUCUUGUCGAGUGAAAGGUUCACAGGUAAGUAAGCACAGUACACAUCAACUUGUUUCUUAAGAAAUUAACUUUGUAACCCAACAGCAGUCAGCCAUGAGUUACAUAAAAAUGCAAUUUCUUAAGAUCUAAACCUGUACAAUACAUAGUUACAUGACUGUUGCAAACUUAGGCUAUCGUAAAUAGGUAGAUAUCUUUGUUCCGUCCGUCACAUCAUUUUUCAUUGAUUGCCGAAAAAUGUAUCUCAUUUAGAUUCUUUAACUAUGUAAUGUAAAUAAGCUGAACACUAUGGAAUGUAUUUUAUAUUUCCAAUAUUACGAUUUAUUUGCUCUAAAUUUUCUCCUUCAAUUAUAUUUUAAUUUAAAUGAUGACAAUGUAUAUGUACAAUAGGUGAAAUAAAAUAAUAAUAGUUUAUGCAGUUAAAAUAUUAUGUCUUCUCCUCUGUUUCUCCCAAAAGUUAUUUACCAAACAUAUUAAAAAAAGUAUUGCCGACGUAUACUAUUUUAACAUAGUAACAACUCUUAUUAGUAAACUAAUAUACUGUACAAUAGUAAAAUAUGUGUAUAUAUUCAAGAUUAUGUGAAUGUUUCCUGUGUUGAAGGGAUAUUCUACAGAGUGUAAAACAAGUCUUUAUCUUGCAAUGGCCAUGUAAUCCAAUAAUUUCAAUGCAGACACUCUGAAGGUUAACAGAUAUUUCUUAAACAAAAAAUCAAACUAAACGAUAUUUGGCAUCGAAAUUUAAUAAACAAAAUAAUCUUUAUAAAACGUUUUGAUACAACUGUGUUCAAUAUUUUUCUUAUUUAUGUAUGUCUUGCUUUCAAUAUAAUUAAAACCAAUUACAGUAAGUAAUUCAGUAAGGUAUAGGUUUCAAUGUUUUGAUUAAGGUUAUGUUAAGGUUAACAUAAGUUUUGAUUAAUUCAAUGUCUCAUAAACCUGUUUUCAACAUUAGCAGUUCUUUUUUUUAUUUGUACCAUAAACAGUAUCAUAACAUAAUCUUUGCAAUGGCCAAUUUUAGCACAGGAUAACCAGGUUACAAUCACAUAAAUCAACAGAUAAUUCAAGAAAUUUAGUGUUAAUACCAAUUUACUUCCAGGAUAUGAUUUAGGAAUAUACAAGCACAAAAAAGAUUAAACUGUUGGAAUAAAUCAUGAUUAAACCUCAAACCGGGAUACAUUAGGAAACCAUAAAACACAUAAGUAACAUUUUAAAUAAACUGUUAAAAUACCUAAUUAUACAACUUGUUACAGAAUUUAGAACCCUCAUUGAAUCCUCAUUAAGGGCACUUUGCUAGUGUGAUAUAGGACUAGCCAAUAAAAGUAACAAAUGAGUGUGAUAUAAUAACUCUCCCUCUUUGUUAUUCCACUAUAAAAAUUGGAUAUAGUUUAACAAAUUAACUUGUAGUACAUAAAUAAAAACUACUCUGUUUUUGCAGCCAAGGCAGUGAUUGAAAAGGCCCAAAUCCCUUCCUGCCAAUAUUACAGAAACAGUAUUUGUAUACAUAUUCUUUUUAUACUUUUUAAAAAGCUACUACCAAUAAACAAAAGUCCUCUAAAACGCAUGUAAUUGUCUACUUACUCUUUGUUGUUCUUUUGACUGUUGUAUAUUAACAAACUUUAUCAUAAGAUGAAUUUAAUGGACUGAAGUAGCAUGAAUAGAUAUUAAAGUAGCAACCGAAAGAAGCAAUAUAUUUACCAUAUGAAAAUGACAAUAUUAUGUAAUACCUUUUUAAACAACAUAGAGAUGCAGUGAAUGUUUUAUAGGAUAGUUUUGUUGCAUGUUACCAUAACAGGGUACCUAAUUUUAGGUUAACAAGUUUUGACUGUGUAACUUGUUUAUUUAUAAACUAAAAAUGACAUCAUUUUCAUAUAACUAAAGUUAAUUUUUCAUCCUUAGACAAGAUAACUGUAAAUGUAUCAUACACUAGUUGUCUGAUUUUUCAGUUUUAAUUCAGGAACAAUAGAUAACUUGUAUGUAAAAGUAAAACUCUCAGUGAACAUUGGAUUGUUGUAUAGGUAAGCAGAACUAACCUGAACUCAGCCUUACACUAUCAGAGGGGUUAUUAGGAAGGUUUAUAUUGAUAUAUUGAUCAAGAUGAUUAUAUUGAGGGUGAGUAGAUUAUUAAUCACACUUUCGUCUGAAUAAUCAAGGAGCUAAGAGCCAAUUUCCAUUGUAUAAGCAAACAACCUAGUUUUCUUGAAAUUGAUACAAGUAAUUUCUCCUAAGAAGGAGAACAAUUGGCACGAAUUGAAAUAGGAGGGAGGGAGUGGGUAUAAAGAGGGUUAAAAAUAUCAAACAACACAUUUUUAUUUGAUCAAAUUUUUACUACCUUAAUAGACUGAAAACUAAAGUUAAAGCAGCAUUAGCUACCACUAUAAAGAUUCAUAUAAAAGUGGCAACUUUUAGUCUAGCUCGUGAUCUGAUGCUGAUGUUGAUAUAACUAUUAUUUGUGUGUUUGACAGUUGGUUUUAACUAUUCAAGCAAAAAUUUUAACCACAGAAAAAAGUGAUUGUUUAAAUGUUUUACCUGUUUGAUAAUCUCCUAUUUCAACCCCCACUAAAACCAAUGUCACUGUUGAUCAAUUUCUUUCUUAUAAGAGUUCUUAUAAAAGUUCUGUUGAUUUCACAAAAAAACAGAGUUGUGUGUUUAUAUAAUGCAAAAUGGCUCCGGCUCUUGGACUAGAAUGAGAGGUCACACAAGUGACUUUGCAGCUGGUUUUAUUAAAUGAAGAUUUGCUAUUUUUUUAUUCUUACAUUCUUACAUGAGUGCAAAGCGAUGCAUCCCUGUUUUAUGAUAAAGUACUAUUUCAGGCAACAUCUUUUUCCUAUUGCUAAAAUAAGUUCAGGAGCUGUUGACAAGUAUUUUUUUUUUUUUUUUUUUUUUUUUUUGUAAAUAUUCAUCUGUUGUUGUUUUUUAUGACUAUUGGUACCCAUAUUUUACAAACUUUGUGAAAAUACAAAUGCUCUUUGGUGAUGGGGCAUGCACUGUUGUGGCAUUUCAAUUUUACUUGUAGUAUUAUCAGUCACAUAUUACUGAUCACUUUAAAUUAUAUCUCGAAUCACUUAUAGUCAGCUUUUGCGACUCAGUUAUUUUUUAUACUUUCAUACAUGUUCAAUGUUUUAAGCCAAUAAAGUACAUGUGAGUGUGCAAUAAUCCUUUAUCCUCAUACUCUGCAUUCAGUUUAAAACGUAAGUGUAGUCUCAGAUAACAUAUGGCUAAAUUGUGGGCUCAGUAUUUCAGCUGAGUAGAAACAUGAUUCCUGUUUAUAUUUGACUCAACCUUGUACCACUGCUUGAGACCAAUAGACUGGACUUAACUAUAUAUACUGUACUAUUCUUUUAAAUUACAGACAUAUGCAAGCAGCAGCUGUUCAAUAACUUUUAUCUAUGGCUAACCUACAAUACUGACAUGAGUAUAGUUAUUGACAGUUUUGUGUAGACAUGUGUAGAGUUUUUGUGACAUACUGAAGUUUUGUACUGCUUUGUAUUACUAUCAUUAUGUGACUGCUGGUUUAAUUACUAUCCCUUUUAUCCACUCUCUUUCGCUCCUUUUUGCCACUGUAAAUCUCCACUCAAGAAUUCUGGCCAUGAAUACUACAACUCAGGCCAAGGCAAGAGCCAUCCUGUACCAAACCCAUUUUAUUAAAGAAACCAACAAUUGACUGAAUUUCAAAAAUGUAUCAAUAAUAAAUUGUGUGAAAUUCAUAUAUUUCAUUUGUUUGUUAGUUGUGUUAAAGUACAAUGAAUGGAAGAUAAUAUUUUUUAUUUUAUGAUUAAUUAUGAGUAAUAUUCUAAGAGACAAUCCCACAACACAAACACAUAACAAACAUUUAGAUUUCAAUUAAUUUUCAAAACAAAGUUACAUUACUACACACAAUGCAAAAUAAUUCUGAAAAACAAACUUACUCUGAAAUAAUUAGCAUGAAAAAUUAAUAUCCUACAAACAAGGCAUUUAUUUCAUUUGUUCUGAAGACACAUAAUACUUCAUUUUUGACUGGCAAUAAUUAUCUGUCAGACUGAUUGCAUAAGCACUGUCUUUUACAUAUACAAACAAACUAUAUACAAGAGGUAGAGGUCACAUUAAGCAUACUAGUGACUCCACCUUCAACUCAUCUUGGCCAGUGGUCUCAGUGUAUUGUGUCCAUAUUUACAUCAUGAUGGAUGUUCGUCCUAAAAUAAUUUUACAUGACAAAAAAUAAAGCAUUUUUAUUAUAAACUUAUUACACAGUGUAAUUAUUAAAUAGCUAUUCUGUGUGGAGAACAUUGAAUUUCAUUUUGAAGGACAUUUUGUACAGUUUGCAUUCUUGAUCAUCAUGUAUUGGCUUACAAUGUUUUUAAACAAGUGUAGUAUACAUAUACACUGUACUUAUUAAGUUUAUAUCCUGUAGCAUUGUAAAAAGAUACUCGAGCUAUAACAGCCUCCUGCAUAUAUAUGAAAAUGCUUUUUGCUUUUGUUAUAGAAAAUCAUUUAAAUCCUUCUUCCAAUUAUCUCUUGAACUCGGAGCAUUGCAUCAAAAUUGUUUUUCUUAAAUCGUAUAUACUGUUUUCUCUCCCUCUUCCUGUGUAUAAUCUUCAAAUACGGUAAUAGUAUAAUAGUUACUAAUAUAAAAAUGUAAGAAAUGUAUAUAUGUAUAACGUAGAAAGGUAAAGAAUUUUAAUGAAGAAUGGUGUAGCGGACGAGAACAGAACUGAACUUCAGCCAGGCUGGAGUGAUACAUAGAGGUGUUUUCCACCUCAAUCGAGUCAAUAUUUUAAAUUUAAAAAUUGACUUCUUUAAAGCUUUAAUUUUUCAACACUACUAUAAUAUUGUACAAAUAUUAUACUAACAGGUUGAUAUAAGAAUGCUAGGGUUCAAAUUAUCAAUACUAUAUUUAUACAAUAUACAUAAUAUAUAAAUAUAUACAUAUAUAAAUAUUUAUAAAUAAUAUAUCAAAGCUUUCUGUGUGGUGUAACCUGCCAGAAUGGCGAGGGUCUUGCUUUGUUAAGAGGUUGAUCUCGUAUAUAUUUUGUCGAACCACUGCCACUACCACUGUUAGCGGACUUGUGCUACUGGUUGUUACCAUGUUUUCUUCUGUAAAUAUGUAUAUUGAGUGCGUUCAAAUGGUUAUAAUGUAAAUUACUCUUUACUUUAUGUUGUAAAAUUUUGUACAUUCGUAGAAGUGAAUAAAUAUUAAAAUACAAUGAUAUUUUUUUGGGUACCGUAUUCAAUUCUAUUUACUUUAAUGAUUUAAUAGUAACAAAUUAACUCCUUAGUGCUUUGAAAUUUAAAAUUAGAUGUCCGUCUGAUAUGAUUUAUAGGUUAAAAUUUCACAAUAUACAAUAAAAAGUUUCUGUAAAAAACUUAAAGCACCUUAUAACAAUUUUAUGUAUCUCAGUAUAAAUGUUGUUUUAUGAUCACACAGACAUUUCAUCCACAAUGAUAAAUGCAACAGUUAAUUCACAAGCGAUAACUUUUAAUAUUUAAUCUUCCUCUCUUGAUUUGGUGAAUUUUCAGCCUACAUUUUCUUUUAAUAUUUUAUUAUUGAAUAAAACUAGAUAACUUUUUUUCAAGCAUAGCUUGGAUAACAUAUAAUUUGUCAGAGUAAACUAAAAUUAAAUAAAACUGUCACUACUAAAUAACAAAAUUAAAAGGUUAAUGAAUUAUAGUUUUAAACUACUGUAACAAUGUAAUAACAACACAACAACAGAGUAAUGGAGCUAAAAACUAAUAAUUUUGUUCAAAAUUUAAAAAAAAAUCAAACUUUAAAAAUUAAUUGUUUGCUAUGCUUAAUUAGUUGGCAGCUUUCUUAAAAUUACAAUGAUUUUCUAUUCCUUUAAGAUCAUAUCAUUGCAAGUUUAAAUAUUAUGUAUUUUCUCUUAUAGAAUUUACUAAGAAGAUGUAUUUCUCUUGGUUCUUGCUCUUCCUCUGAACAUAUCACUAUCAAAUAAUAGCAAAUAAACAUAAUUUUAAAAGAGAUGGGCUGGGCAGUUAAUAAGCAUUAGAAAUGUUAGUGUUUCAAUGUUUUCUAUCAGUCAUCAGCUUGAAAACACAACAUACUUAUGUAUGUAUUUACAGACAUUAUGAAUGAAUGAUGAAUUUAAUGGAUGAAUGAGACGGUAUAGCCUUGUUAUUAGCUUAAGAUUGACUGGUUCUAGCAAGUAUUUUUAAUUUAUAGCCUAAUAACCAAUUAACAGUACAAAAACAGUCCCACAGUUUUACUUAAAAUUCAAACCAUAAUCAUUCCGUCUUGGCUUGGUGAUUGCUAAAAUCCAGUUUCCAUUGACAAACUCCAUCCUGAACGACUAUCUUACUGAAAGAGUUAAGUGCAGACUUUAGGUGGCACAGAUAACCAGAUUCCAAUUCACCCUAACCUCAAACCAUUGCCAAAAUAUUUUAAACAGGUGGACCAUUCAAGUCCUGUUCUCCAUAAUAGGACAAUAGGUUCAUGACUAAUAAAACAAUGUCAAUGAGGUAAAGUUGGUGAUUGUUACAAUGAAAGUUCAUGAAUUUUAUGAAAUCGUUAUAUGCUAAACCAUUUAUUAUUUUUUCACUUGUUUGUUCCUAACUGGCAUAGGAAGGAAUACAUUAUAAAGUACAUACAUUAUAAAAAAUAAUGUAGGAAUUUAAAUCAUCAGUGUAGAAGCUAAAAUACAUAAUUAUAUUUUCAAUACAUUAAUUCUAAUCUAAGUAACCUUUUUUUAUUAAUUGAGUGUGAUUGUGGUAGCACAAGUUCUCUAGCUGCAGAGUAAUAUUAUAAGGUAUUGUUGAUUGGAAGUGAAUGAAUGAUGCCAACCAAAAAGCAUAUAAAAAUCUGAUUCAUUAAGUACCUAAUUAGUAAAAAUCCUCACCUCAUUGAUUUACUGUGCGUGAAUGACAUAUAUAAAAAACUCAAUUCUUUGUUUUUUCCCAAUUUGUUAGUUUUAAAUAAUGUAAAUUUGAGUUAUGAUCUUUGGUGUGUAUAAUGCAAUGGUAACUUGAAACUUUCUUAUUUAGAAGAAUGAAUCGUUCAGUAAACUUUUUUUUGUUCCUAUUAAUAAAAUCCACCACUGAUCUGAUCAAAUUAGUAAUUUUUAUUUCUAGAAUAACUCAAUAGAAACUGAAUUUGGUUUCCAAUCCACUCAAAGCGUCUCUUUAUAAGCACUCAUUAAAAAUAUGUUAUAGGAUUUUUCCAAUUUUAUUACAAAUUAUCUAAAAAAAGAUCUAACUUUUUUGCUUUUCCUGAACAUUUUUCAUUUACUCGUUAUUUAAUCCCUUUUCUAUUUUAUCUGAGGUUGCAAUAAUAACAAAUAACAGAUAUCAAUAUAACAUAAAUGAGGUGAGGAAUGCUGCAUUAAUAUUCUCUUGUAAGAACUACUGUAUUCUGCAGACUCUAUGACUUGUAUUAUAUUUCACAUUGAUUUCCAGCUUGAAAUCAUCAAUUGUAAAUAUUAUCAUGUGUAAUAUUAUAACCUACUUGCAAAUCAUAUAAAUAUAUUUAAUUUAUCUUGGUAAUAAUGAAUACAUGAUUUUCUAAUCCUUAUUUCCUUACCCUUUCACCCAACAUCAUGUGUUGUUUAUUGUUAUUUUGAUGGUGAAAAUGUGUUUAAUGUCAUAAAUUUUAUGUGUUUCUAAUGGUAAUUGUAAUCAUUGAUAUAUUUGUCAUACGUUACAAAAUUGCUGUAAAACCUGUCAGAACGUUGUACAUAUAAUUGUGUUCAUAUAUUGAAUUAAAUACAUCAUUUUGCCUGUACACAUUUCUUCAUUUUAGUUCUCUUAUUUGAAACACCAAUAAAAACUAAUUUGUGAGUUUGUUAGGUAAAUAAUAUUUCCACUGUAAUUACAUUAGUAUUAUAGUAUUUUUUUAAACUACAUUACCACCACUUGUUUUCCAUUUAUCCACCUUGCUGAAAAAUGUGGUAGCAAUCUACAAAUGAUUUCUACUUACACGUUUACUGCAUUACGAGAUCCCAAGGCCUCCUGCUUGUGUUACUGUUAGCACUACAGUAAAAUACUUUGAUCUCUCUGUGUAUUUUUAUUCAAUAUUUCGACUAGAUGGAAAUAAAAUUUACAUAACAGGAAAUUUCUUAGGCAGUGAAUUUAUUUUUUUAUUUUUUGUUAAGAUAUUAUAAAUCUUUGUAAUGCGUUGUGGUAUCACACACUCUACAUAUGCAAUAAAUGAUCUCUAGCCUCUAAUAGAUAACAAUUAGUUUCGUCUGUACAGAAUGCAAUAAGAAUCACCGAUCAUAUGAUAUGGUAUACUGCCAACUUAUAAGUCAAUUUUAUUUACCAAAUAUGAUUAAUGAAAUGUUAAUGAAUUAUUCAUUAUAUUUAUGCAUGUUAAUAACUUUGGUAUAACUUGGGCCUCAUUUAGAUCAAAUGUAUAUUUUCCUGUAAAAAUACUUUCCUUUCAUAAUUCUUUUUCUUAUAUUAACUAACUUUAUUAACAACAUUUUUAAGUAUAGUAAUUAGUUUUUUAUCAAUAGCAGUUAUUAAAAUGUUAGGAGUGUUGAGGCUACAUGUGCGUUACAAGAUUAAAGGGACUAAUGAUGAUAUGCCUCAAUCUUGAAUUGCUCCCAUGAAAAUUACAACACAAUUCAUUGUUGGUAAAACUCUAAUAUAUCCAGCUAUUCUUUGAUAUUGUGCUUUAUGACGCAUAGGAAAUAAAUUGCACAAGAUCUCUAUAAAUCUCCACUGAAGGAAAAAUCUACCAAGAAAUCAGUGUGGAUGUCUCUUUAGGUAUCCUUGUGCAUACUGAAAUAAUGAUUUUUUACAAAGGCCUUAAGAUCUUGUAAUGCACUACAAAUAGGAAGAAGCUAAUUUGCUACCACAGUGACUGUGUUAUGUAUUAUAUAUACUUUGCUGUCUUGUUGUAUUUUUCUUACUCUGUUAAGUAUUUUAAUUUUUGUUAUAAUCUACUUUAUGCGUUAUACAUUUUAUUCACUUUUGGUUAUAUAUUUUACUUUAGUAUAGACUUAAAGAUCUAAUGUGCAUUUGAAUCACUAUAAGUGUUUCUCUAAAGUUUUAUUAUUUCUUAACACAUUUUUUUAACAGCAAUGAGCAUCUAGUUAAUGUAGGAAGAUAAAUUUGGUUUUCAAUAAAAUGUAAUCCUGUAUGCUGUUUUUAUAGAAUUUGGUUGCAGUAUUAAAAAAACUAUGUAUAAUUCAAUGUAUAAAGUCCAGUAUGAAAAAAAUUAAAAUUAUGUACUAUUUUAUAUUUUAGGUAUUAUUGAUUAUAUAAGGUUUAAGUAGAUUUUAAAUUGUUUUAAACACAAGAUUGGUAAAUAAUGUAAUCUUAAUUGAAUAAGUAUACUUGAAGUCAUGUCAAAAGUUCAAAUAUUUAAAGUGUAUCCUGAUCUUUUCUUGAUUGAAAACAGUGUUAUUUUAUCAAGUCCAAUAGAUAUCAGUCCAUUUCCACAGUAUUUCUUCAUCUUUCAUAAAAAAAUAAUAUAUCUUGGGUAUAUUUAUCGUGCAAAAAUAAGAUGUGUUAAAUGUACUCCUUCAAUAUAUUGGAACACAUAUUAUAAACAUUUUAAGCUCAAACAUUCAUAGCACAAAAGUUUCACUUGGCACUUAUUGGCCUCCUAAUAAAACAAAGUUGUUACUUUAUGUCUUUGGGGAUACAAGUCAGUGUGUUUCUUAUUGAUUUAAUAAACAAAACAUGUGAUUCUUAAAGUUGUGAUUUUUCCCAUUAAAGCUUUGUACAGGAUACAGAUUUACUUGUAUAUCUUUGCCACCAGCUUUUGUUCCUAUUAUUGUUCAUUACUGCAUUUAAUUUCACAAUCCCCACAGACAUGUCACUUGUACUUCCUGGAAUCUAGCCCCUCAUUCAAAAUAAAUAAAAGUAUACUAAUGAAUCAAUGUUAUAAUUGCAUCAAUAACAAACCAAAACAUGUCCUACUGAUACUUGUGAAACCAUUUAACAUACUGGAAUUAAUAAAGAGCAUUCUAAUAGCAUUUGAACAGUUUGUGAAGACUAUGAUCAGUUCAAUUAUGUUUGUAAAACAGGAAAUCAGUGUUUAAUUGGUGGUGGAAAAGUCUCGUGGUAAAAUUAAAACAUAAAAUUAAUUUAUGCCUAUGUAAAAUGUAUAACUGUCUUAAUUUUUUAUAUCAAAAUCGAAUUAAUGUAAGUAAACUAUUGAGAAACACAAAAAAGCUGUCUAUAUGCUUGAAUCAUGUAACUUAUUAAUAUUGCACAUUAGUGAAGUCAUAUUUAAUUUAACAAAUUUUUAUUAUAAAAACAUUUAUUAGCUUCUAAAUCACAACUCUCUUCUCUCAUCUUUCAUGUUUAACAUAAUUAAUAUAUAUGCAUUACUUUAGAUUGUUUUUCUUCUACUUACUACAUUCCUUGCUUUAAUAAGUUAAUAAUCAUUUUUAUUUUGUACAUAAGAUUUAUAUUUAAUUAUCAUGUCUUCAUGUAUAAAAUCAACUGACCUUGAUAAAUUUUUUAAAUUUUUAGCAUUUUUAUGAAUCAAGUGUUCUUACCAGGCAAUUUUUAUGUAUGAACCAAAAUGAAAGCUAUGUAUUAGUACGUUCUGUAGAUAUAUUAUACAUAUAACCUUUAUUCUUUGUUUGGACUUCACUGUUUUGUAGCCGAAAUGUAGUAUUUUAAGUUUCACAUAACUUUCAUAUCAUUUAAUAAUAAAAGUGUUUGCUAGACUCAGAUGUGAUAAGUAAUUGUUUUUAUAAUACAUACUUCUGAGGUUGUACUUACAAGAGUUUUAUAGAUCGAUAAAAUAUAUUUAUUUAUUGUUACCGUACUGUAUUUCUUUAUAUAAAGUCACUGAUAUACGUAGGUAAUCGUAACAGGAUGGUUUUUUACCCAUAAUCUAGUUCACUCAGUUCAGACCCAUUCAAUAAAUUAAUAAUGUCAACUCGAGUGUACAAAUAUUUACAACUGUCAAGACCUUAGGGUUUUACGAUGUAAAUGAGAUAUUAAAUUAAUAUCACAAUAUAAUAAAAGUAAUAAACCGAA